CAGACAGAAAGAUACUGAGAGAAAUCGUGUUCCAACUCCUUUUUUAUGUCUUUGGCUGUUCCUGCGUCUUUCAGCUGUCUGCCUUCCACUAAAGCUUCAACCUUUGAGCCAAAUGGCACUAUUAAUGGACGAUAUUGGGUGAGACCCGCACAUGUGGAGUCAAAGAGGAGCGAGCCACACGUUCCUCUAGCAGCAACAUUUGCUGCUCCUGUGGUGGUUAAUGGAAGUAUUGAAGAUGAUUAUGAAAAGCUAACUAAGGAUCUUGGAAAAACUUCAACGUUGGAGAUUACAACAAAAGCCCAUGAAAAGCUCGGUGACAAUAUUAUUGCUCUAGCUUUCAGUGGAGCCGAGGAUGUCACUUGGAUGGAAUCAUGGUUAACUGGUUGCCGUUUGUCGGUGUUCAUUGAUGCUCUUAAGGAGGUGAGGGCUAUGGAAGGAUCAUCAGAUGGCUUUUUGAUUAUGAUUUCUAAAGCCAAAUUCUACCAAUCUUCUUGUACGGAACUGGGAUUACUGAGCAGCAGUAAUAUGCUUUUGCUGCAGCAAUGUGCUUGGUAGAGAGAUCCCUAUCUUCUCGUACUUACAAGAGAAGAGUUCCCCUUUGCAACUUCAAAGUUUCUAAGCUUUUGUGGUCAUGAAUUUGCUGCUGCUGCUGCUGCUGUAAACAUGGUCCAAAAGGCUAUCUCUCCCUUUGUUCUUGCGUUUUCAGUAGUGGAAAGGCGAACACAGGGAGCGCUAUAUAUAUAUGGUGGUAGUGAUGUGCUUAACACAUUCUAUCGCUUCUUGCAGUACUACCAGAAUAAUCUGCUUGUUAAUUAGAAGUUUCAUGUCCUAGCAUAAUAUUGUGAGUUUUCUUUUCUUCGUUGUGAGAAAGACUUAACUCCCAGUUGAAUUUAAACUUCAUGAUGUAUUAUAUAUAUAUUCUAGCAUAUU